GCAGAGGCGAGGUGUUCGCGCGCUGUGUGUACGCCGGCGGCCCGACGUGUUCUCCUUCUCUUCCGUAGACUAGUUUCGUAGCAGAGGUGUAGUGUUGUGGCUUUAUGGACGAGCACCAUCACACGGCGACCAGCGGCUCGACCUCGACGGCUGCGAUGAACAACUCGGCUAGCACACCGACCGGUGGUGGCGGCGCAGGUGGAGGUAGCGGUAGCCCGACAGGCGACUCAGUAAAACACGAAGAGGCCCGACUGAACGCAGAUUCUGACGAUGGAUCACAAGCACAGGAUCCAGGAAAGAUGUUCAUCGGUGGUUUGAGCUGGCAAACAACGGCUGAAGGACUUCGCGAUUAUUUUGGUCGUUUUGGCGAGGUUAACGAGUGUAUGGUAAUGCGGGACCCAGCAACGAAACGGGCUAGAGGCUUCGGGUUUAUCACAUUUGUCGAUCCGGCUAGUGUAGAUAGGGUAUUGGCUACAGAAGAACAUGAAUUAGAUGGCAAAAAGAUCGACCCGAAGGUCGCUUUUCCAAAGAGAUCGCAGACAAAGAUGGUUACCAAAACAAAGAAAGUGUUUAUCGGUGGAUUAUCGGCCUCCUCGACCCUUGAGGAUAUGAAGACAUAUUUCGAGCAAUAUGGAAAGGUAGAAGAUGCAAUGCUAAUGUUCGAUAAAGCUACACAACGUCAUAGAGGCUUUGGCUUCAUCACAUUUGACAACGACGAAGUGUCCGACAAAGUCUGUGAGAUACAUUUUCAUGAGAUCAACGGAAAAAUGGUUGAAUGCAAGAAAGCGCAGCCAAAGGAGGUAAUGCUUCCUGUGCAGUUAAACAAAUCACGUGCUGCUGCUGCUCGGAAUCUGUAUGGACUACCACCAGAACAACUGCUUGCAUACGCUACUUAUCUACCUCGAUUCGGGUACGGUAAUCUGCUCUAUCCCAACAUGACUUCAAUGUUCAACCAAGUGCCCGGCUACACCGGUCUACCAUCGUCACCAGGAUCGUCAUCGAGUGCGGCAGCAGCCGUAGCGGCUCGAAAUGCUGCCGGACAACCAUUUGACGCGACCGCGGCUCUCUAUGCAAACCUUGGUGCCGGUCAACCAUUUGGCGACGGUGUAACUGGCGCCGCAGUCAUUAAGGAACAACCAAAAGCAGCAGGUGGUAGCGCCAGAUAUCAGCCGUUUGCGGUCGAGAUGCUCGGCACUCCUCUAUUUGCCCUUCUUCGCUGAUAUUCUACCGUACAUCCAUGAUAUACUUUAUGAACAGCUCACUACUAGCGGUUGACCCACACACGCCAACCAUCACACUUUCAUCAAGAGAAAUCUAACCGUAUACCGUAUCCCCCAAGAGAGAGAGCUAGAAACCCGUUGUUUGAUCCUGCGAAAAUGUGCUCAUCGUUCCAUACAUCAUUACAAAGUACCAGUUCGUUCGUUGGUCGUAGAAGAUUUCGUAGACGUAGGGCUCCAUCUAGUGACCGUGUCAUCAAUCCAAUACAAUCUAAGAACACUUUUUUCUCUCUUCUACCUGCUGUACAUGCAUGCGUCGUUUCAGUCAGUCAUUAUUUGAGUAAGUGUAAGUCAAUCAGUCAUAUGAUUUGACCGUGUACAUUCAGAGUUUUUUCUUCAUUUCAUCUAAUUUUUUUGUCGUCUUCAUUCGCGUACUUUCGCACUACACGUACUAAAUCAAACUAGACGUUUCGUAGUAUGAGUCAGUCGCCUUUUUUGAUUUUUUUGUGUUUUGAACAGUGUUUCUGAGUAUGUUUUGUACUAUUCGUCUGUCUACUACUCGUCUAUAAUAUUCUCUCUAGCGGUUAUAUACAUACAGUAAUCGAGAACUGUAUCCUUCAUAAUUUCCUAAUUUCUUUUUUUUUUCACCACUCAUACGUACUUUCUUGUGAGUUUGGCCACGCGCGCGCGGUUGCGCAGCGUUUGCGUAGCGUGUCGCGUAGCGUUGUGCCACUCACACUCAAAUGUCCCCAUAACGACAGGCCUUCGUGUCCGGUGUGUUUUCUGUGUAUGUUGUUAUACUAUGUUAACGAAUUUUUAUUGAUUUUUUUCCCAUCAAAUCGUGCGUCUUCCACGAAAAUGUUUUUCUUAUGAUAAGCGGUUCUCACAAAGCCCGUAGUGAUUUUCGAAUAUUCUAGCGCUGAACUAUAUUGUUGAUCAUCACACAUAUUGUACUGUAUUUUUACAGUUUCUUUUGUUCACUGCGCUCUCCUCAGACUCCAAAAUCAAUACCGAUCAAUGUACAAUGUUCAUGUAUGCCUGUUAUAUUGUCAUUGUCAUUGUCAAUUGUCACUCAGCAUGCACUCACUACUGUGUUCACACCAAAUAUCCCCCCUCUUCACGGUCCGGUGUAACCCUUACCGUAAUUGCGCGUAUUUUGGUGUGCACUUUGUGUGUCUCUGUUACCUCCUCGAAACACCCGGUCAAUCAUACACAUCUCUGGUGUUUAUGUUAUCUUCUGUCUGUCUGUAAACAAAAUUCGUCCCCCUUCCCCGCCCCUUGUCGCCAAUACUAUUAGCCCUACCCCCUCCACAUAAUCUGCUGUUCAGCUCCUCCUCCCACUCCUCUCUUCCUCCUCCUCCUCCUUCGAGUACCGCCGUCUACGAGUGUGCCCCGCCCAGUCCUUCCUCUACAUGAAUUUGCUAUAUAUAUCCACCAAUUGUGUAUUGCCCAUAUUUUUUCGAUUAUAGAGAAUUUAUGCCGAGCGGGCAACG